GAAGAAGAUUUUCAGAAAACCAAUUUAUCACAUCAAUCCGUGUCAGUUGAAAGAAACAUGGUAUGGACACGAACAGCGGUACAGAGGGCUAUGCAGUCGACUCGAGAGCUCAACUAGCUGAACAAUUACACAAAUCCGAAAAGGAAUACCAAAGUUUGUUAUCAUACCUUGAGUCCCAACAGGCAGCUGGAAACUCAACACAACGAGCUUUCCUUCCGUUAGGGCCUCUUGUAUAUGCAAGCGGUGCUCUCAAACCUUGUGGAGCGGUAUUGGUAUUGCUAGGAGAGAAUUAUUUUGCUAGAGUUACCUUGGAGCAAGCCAUGAACAUAGCCCAUAGAAGAAUAGCCUUCAUUCAGAGAAGACUGUCAGAAUUGAAAAUAGAUAAAGUUCUUUCAGAACGGAGUGAACCUGUCAUAAAAAAGCAAGAAAACGAAAUUUUAUUAGAUCGUUGGACCAAAAGCAUGCAACUUCUAGAGCGGUAUAUGCAGGCCGAAGAUGUUGUCAACUUAUGUGAAGAGUACGAUGACUCUGUUUCGAAGGAACCAGUUCGCGUUUUCGGUUUGAAGAAGGAUAUGCCUCUUAGGAAAAUAGAGCAAGAAGAGUUAGAGGAAAACGUGGACUGGAGUAGUCUCUUGGAUGUGUCAGGUUUAACUGCGGAACCGAGUGGACAAAACCAAAAGCUUCCCGAAUUCGUUUGGAAUGACUUGAGACAACUUGAAAUAGCCGAAACUUCUAGUUUCACGGGAGAUACAGUUGAAGACUCAACUGGUGCCAAUAUAGAAGUGUUUUCCUAUCUUCCGCACCAGCAGAAACAAGUCGAGGUUUCUUCGCAAGUUGAGCAAAAACUAUCCACCAAUCAACAUACUACUUCAGGCGUUGCUUCAAAGAAUGCUGACGAACCUCAGUCGACAACUUCUCAACGGAACUCGUCUAAAGAAACUUUUUCUGGACUAAUCAAGGAAAGAAAGCCUCCAUCAAGCUAAUCGAAGGUGUUUGCUCAAUAUGUUCGAAUUUUUCCAAAGCGAAUUCUAUGGAAGAAGGAAUAUUUGGAAAAUGUUUUUCUCCAAAGCAAAGUGACAGAGAAAGACAUCCUUUUGGGAUAAAUGAUAGUCAUUUAUUGACCGGUCCUUUUUUGCCAGUGAAGUUGAAAUAUCUCUUUAUCUCCUCAGUUUUAUUUGCGAUAGCAUUGAUGUAAACUAUUAGAACUGUCCGUGGUAAAUGCUGAGACGAAUACUUUUCAUACACGAACUCGAAACUGCUCUGCUUCAAGAUUUUAAUUAGGUUCCUACAGUUGGCAUCUCUUUUGUGAUGCUCGCUUGACAAAUCGAACUACCGUGUUCGCUUCUAUAUCUACAACACAAUCAGCUCAUAGACAAGUUGUUGAGAAACAACAUUGCAAGGUAGAGCGUUUAGGUGAGACUUUCGCACUGUUUCUUGGGAAUUACCAGUCUCGUAGAGUUUCGCAUAAAAAUAGCCAACAAGUUUCUCUACUUAUUGUAGUCAAAAAGUGCUGCAAAUAGACUAUUUUUAUGUAGCAAAAGGUUGGAAAUGCAAUAGAUAUUACGAAGUGGUAGUUAGUCCAAUGCCCAUUGAGUACGCAGAA